AUGUUGUCCAGCUUCUGCCCCGAGCUGCUGGCGCUGCUCCUGGUCUCUUGGUUGGAUCCGGAAGAGCAGGGCUUGCUGUGCAGAAUCAAGGGCAGUGAUGCUGUGCUCUCCUUGCUCAAGGUCACGGAGGAGACCACGAUGCUGCUCCUCUGGCCCUGCGCGGGGGCUGCAGCCCUGAGCAGUGGCUACGGACACGCCUCCGCGGUUCAGUCGCGGGCUCAGGAAGGCCCGGGGCCCACCCACUACCAGGGCCGGCCCCUGGCCGCCCCGGCCCCAGGCCCCAGCAGUCCUGGCCACCCCCUCGCCUCGCCUUUCGCCCCCGCGCCCCGACCAGGGGCGGAGCGGCGUCGCGGAGCCCGCGCCUUGAUGAGCCGAUGGGUGUCAGCCGUGCCCCCCCCCCGGGAUUACUGCACAUGGUGCUUGGCUCUGAGAGAGCCGUCAGCACCUGGCCAGGAAGGCCGGGACGCUGGAACCAGGCCCCUGGCUGCUGGCCCAGAGGUGGAGGGGCUGCAGGGUCCGGCACCCCAGGCACAGGAUGCUCCAGGCGAGGGUCUGCCACCCACCAAGGCAUCUGGAGGACCCCCGGGGGCUGAUGCGGGGCAAGGGUCCCAGCCCCCCAGCUCAGGAACUGGGCAGUGCCCCCCUCCCAGCAGAGACAGGACUCUAGACUCCACAGGAUCCCAGUCUCGGGGAAAAGGGCGCUCCCUCCAGGCAAGAGAGGCCAAGCCCGGCAAGAGGCCCUCGUCCCCUGCCCCCGGCCAGCAGAAGAAGCUGAAGGUAGGGGAUCUGGCGGCAGCGCCAUCUCCCUGCGGUGCCCCCUCGGGCCUGACCCCCCGCCACCCGGUGCCCUGUGGGUUGGGCCGGGGCCCCUGCCACCUGGCCAACCUCCUCAGCACACUGGCCCAGGACAGCCCAGACACGGGCCGGAGGAAGGAGCCCCCGGAGGUGCCCUGCCAGGUUCGGAAGAAGACUCGGACCCUGUACCGCUCAGACCAGCUGGAGGAGCUGGAGAGGGCGUUCCAAGAAGACCACUACCCUGACAGUGACAAGCGCCAGGACAUUGCCCAGACGGUGGGGGUCGCCCCCCAACGCAUCAUGGUAAUUGGCGGGGGAGCAGCUGGGAGGAAUCUGGGAGCCCCGGGGGGCUCCCCCCAACAGGUGUGGUUCCAGAAUCGCCGAGCCAAGUGGCGGCGGGCAGAGAAGGCAAAUGGCAAGGGGGGCAAGGAGAGCCCUGUGGCCCCGGCCCCCGCAGAGGGGCAUGGCAGCUCUGCAGCUGCUGAGCCCCCACCUGCGGUGUCCCUGGGCUCAGGGCCUGGUGCCUCCUCCCAGGGCCCACCUCCUGAUGCUCCUCCAGAGCCCCCCGUGCGGCUGGCGCCUGACCGGCCCCCAGACCCCACCCGGCAGAGUGAGGGUGCUCACGGGGUGACCAUGACCCCCCCACUCUUCAGCCCCCCACCGGUUCGAAGGACCAGUCUUCCUUUUUCCCUCGGCCCCGUCCACACCCCCCAGCUGAUGCCCCUGCUGCUGGACGGCGGUGACGGCAGCCUCAGGGAGGGGCCCUGUGCGUCUUGGGGCACAAGCAUCACCUCACCACCCACCUGCCCGUACCUGGAGGAGCUGGAGCCUCAGGACCACCAGCCAGACCACCAGAAGGGGUCCUUCCCAUUCCCGCCUGUGCCCCAGCCACCGCUCGCCCAGCCCCCGAAGCCACUGUUCUCCUAUCUGCACCCCUUCCCCACGCCCAGCUCGCUGACACCACCCCUACUGGAGGACACCCUCUUCCCUGGGCCCUAUGGCCCCCAUGGGGGCUCCUCCCAGGGCUACUUCUCAGGCCCCCCGUCAGGGCAGGUCCUGCUGCAGCCACCAGCUGGGAGCAUGGGUCCCGUGCCCUGGAGUGACCCCUGCCUGCCGGAGCUGCCCUUCCCCGGCCCCUUCUGCUCACAGGCUCUGGGCCACCCUGCAGGGGCAGAGGGCUACUUCCCUGAUGACCUCUUCCCAGCUCCCUACGCCCAGGCCAAGAGCUGGCAGCCUUCCGCAGGCCCCACCAUGCCGAACGCAGGGGCCAGGCCGUUGGGAAUGGGGCCCCCACUCAGCAAGGCUCCUGAGGGGCUGCUGGCUACCCCCCAGAACCAGCCAGCCACUCUGGACAAGGCCAGAGGUGAAGACAGGAGCAACCUUGUCCCCUAG